GGCCCCCGCAGAGCCGCCGGCCCGGCCAUGUGCCGACAGGGGUGGCUGCUGCCGGCUGCCUGCUCCGCUGCCGCCCGCCUCCUCCUCAGCCUCCUUCCUGCCGCUUAUUUUUAAUAUAUUAUUUUUUAUCGUUAUUUCAUUUUUAAGAUUUUUUUCAAUUUUUUUUUUUUUUUUUUAGAAACGUUUAUUUUGGUAUUGAUGCUCUCCGAGCCGGAGACUUCGGGAGACGCGGUCCUCACCUGAGCGAGCCGGCCCCAUUCAUUCCCCCGUGUGAAGGCUGUUAAUGGAGAAGAGGGCGGAUGACAGCCGGGACCGUGGUCAUCACAGGUGGAAUUUUAGCGACUGUCAUUUUACUCUGUAUCAUCGCCGUCCUCUGCUACUGUAGGCUCCAGUACUACUGCUGCAAGAAGGAUGAAUCCGAGGAGGACGAGGAGGAGCCCGACUUCGCCGUGCACUCGCACAUCCCUCCGCUGCACUGCAACCGCAACGUAGUGCUGACCAACGGCCCCUCGCUCUACUCCUCAUCCCCCUUCGCCAAAAAACCAGCCCAGAGCCGGCCCAGCUGCCCCAGCUGCACUCCCUACGAGCCCCCAACCUCCUUCCUCCAAGAACCCCCCACCUCCUUCCUCCAGGAGACCCCUACAUCCUUCCUCCAAGAGCCCCCAACCUCCUUCCUCCAAGAAACCCCAACCUCCUUCCUCCAAGAGCCCACCGCAUCUUUCCUCCAGGAGCCCACCGCAUCUUUCCUCCAGGAGCCCCCCAGCUCCUUCCUGCAGGAGCCCCCCACCUUCUUCCUGCAGGAGCCCCCCGAGGAUCUGCACAACGGGGGGGACAGGGUGAGCUACAAGACGGUGAGCCAGGAGGAUCUGGCGCUGCCCGUGUCCAACCUGCAGGCGCUCAACCCCAACCGGCUCUCGGCCAUGCGGGAGGCGUUCUCCCGCAGCCGCAGCAUCAGCACCGAUGUCUGAGGUGCCGCCCGCCCACCCAGCCCCGAGGGCUUUGGACAGCAGCGGGGAGGACUGGUUGGAGUCCGUGGAGGAGUUUUGAAUAGGGGAAAAACAAAAGAAAACAAAAAAAAUAUGAAGUGAAAAAACAAGUGAAUGUAUUUCGGGCUGGCGGUAUAAAGAGGGAGCAGAGCAAACUCAAGUGAGGAGUGCAAGGGUGCAGCUGGAAUGAGAGGUUUCCCAGCUCUGCAGAGUUUGCUUUUUUCUUUUAUAAAGAGGAUUUUGAUAUUGAGCAUCCUUUUCUAUGGAGGAGCUGCCCCUCCUCACCGUUUGGCCAGGGGUGAUGAGCGGGUGAUGGGGCUCAUGGGUGGCUGAAAACGGCUGAAAACGUGCUGCAGGUCAGCAGCAGCUGCUGGCAGGACCUGGGAGCCCCAGGAUACACUCAGCCACCCCAAAAUGUCACUGCCCACCCUUCUGCCAGCCUGUGCUGUGCUGCUCCCUGCUGCAGCCGUGGGGAUGGCUGUGGGUGUGAGCCCUGCACCAUCCCCAGCCCAUCCCACUGCCCCAGCCAGGCACUAAUCUCGGGUGCCAGGAGCAAUCCCAGGUGCCAGGCACUAAUCCCGGGUGCCAGGCACUAAUCCCAGGUGCCAGGCACAAUCCCAGGUGCCAGGCACAAUCCCCUCAGGGUUAGGAUGGUGGCUGGGCCUGUCCCUGGAGCCCCCCAGAGUAGCCUCGAGGACCCCCUGAAGGAGCUGGCCUGGGGAUGUAAAACCUCUGCAUUACUCAGUGAUGGAAAUGACACACAGCACACCUUGGGAUGGAGGAAUAUCCCUGUGGAUAAUCAACAUCCCUGCUCCAAGUGAUGCCACACUCAACUUCUGGCUGAGGGCUCCAUGGCACAGGGGUCACUGUGUGCCCACCCCUUGCAUGCACAUUUUUACACAUUUAUUUGUUUGGGAGAGGUUUUUUAAACAAAAAAUUUAUAAAAGACACUUUCCUCCCAUCCAAGACAGUGUCAAAGCACUUUUAAAUUUAAUCAAAACCUCUAAUUUGCAUUUUCCAUUGAGCCAUUUGCCAUGGCUGGGCAGCCUGGCUGCGGCACCAGCUCUGUCCCAUCUGGAUGCAGCAGGGACAGCCUGGGGGAGCAGCAGGCUCAGAGCUGGUCCCUCUGCACCAGAAGUGCUGCAAGGGAGCCCUUGGGCUUACUCAGAGAUUUAGGAGAGGAAUUGCAGCUCUGAGGGGCCUCCUGCUCUGGUUUCUCGUGGCUGUCUCCAUUCCUCCCCUCCAUGUGACAGAACUCCCUGUUUCUCCUGGACUGGGCAUUAUUCAGGUUAAAAGCAUCACCUGGGGAUGGCUGGCGAGGAUGGACUGGCUGCACAGAGACUCAGAUGGCCUCAGGGCUGAGCUCCAGGGAAAUUUUCCUUUUUAAAGAUGUUCUGGGAAGAAGAAGCAGCCAUGGCUGCAGCCCCCGGGGCUCACGGACACUUUGCAGCCUGGCUGGGUAUUUUACUUCAAACCACUGAGGGCUUUUAAUUCCGCAGGAAACCUUUUGAAGUACAAGUCAGUCUUUGCAAAUGAGUAUCUUUGACUUUCUGGGGGGGUUCUGUUUGGGGUGGGGAGGGCUGGGGUUGGUUUCCUACGUGUUUAAUAUUCCGGGCUCGGUCCCUGUGGCCCAGCACAUCCCAGAGGGAUGCAGCCACUCAGGCCAUGCCCCCAUGUACAGUUCUCACUGGGGUUUGUUCCCAUGCCUUGAGCCCUUCUCUUCCUGUUUUUUGUGAUUUUUCCUACCAGCCUUCCUUUCCUCCUUUUUUUCCUCGUUUCUUUCCCUUGUAGCUUGGAAAUUCAGCAAAUGGUUGGCUUUCACUAACCCUCACCUGGUGAUCUGUUGUACAGGACUUUGGGAAUCUCAGAUUUUGGGGAGGGAAAAAGUCAAAAAAGAAAAAAAAAAAAAAGAAAUAAAUUACUUUG